CGCUGUUCGAUCGUGGUGGUGUUAAUCAGCAGCCAAUCACAAGCCCGGUAAUACCCGGAAGCAAAGAAGUCAAUGGCCGAACAUCUUCACGACAACAGCUUCUACAGCCUCUCUUGUCCACAUAACCAAUUGAACGCAACGCUUCAAACGUCACAAUGUCGGCUAUCGGAAAGAACUUCUACAACCUCUUCGUCCGCAGGAAUUAUGUCUUCCUCGGAACGGUCUUCGCUGGCGCUUUCGCUUUCGAGAUGACCUUCGACUCCGUUACCGACUCGCUCUGGGAUAAGAUCAACAAGGGCAGACAAUGGAAGGACAUCCGCGCAAAGUAUGUCGAGGCUGGCGACGAGGAGUAAA